AUGUUCGGAAUUUUCACUCAACUUCUCUCGUCCCCAGAGGCGAUGUACACUCAUCCGUUCCUCUCCAAUGGCAAUGCCGCCUCCUACCCCGGGCCAGGCUUCUUCACCUCCACGCCGAGUGAGCUCAAGCUCAACUCCGUCACUUAUGAUGGACAGGACUCUGAGUGUCGAGACGGCCCAGCUUCAGGGAUGGGGCAGAACCAGUGCCACUAA